AAGACACAAAUCGCCUCCCGGAGUGGCGCCUCCAGUCGCGGCGGAGCGCGGCGUUGGCGGCGGAUGGAGGGCGCGAGCGGGCGGCCGCGGAGGCUGCACCCGGCGGGGCGCUGAUGCGGCGCCUGGACCUCAGCUGCGCGACUUCGGGGGCGUCGGCCGAGUUGGGACUCCGCGAUGCAGCUCCUGAAGGCUCUCUGGGCACUGGCAGGGGCCGCGCUCUGCUGCUUCCUCGUCCUGGUGAUCCACGCGCAGUUCCUCAAAGAAGGUCAGCUGGCCGCCGGCACCUGUGAGAUUGUGACCCUGGACCGGGACAGCAGCCAGCCUCGGAGGACGAUCGCCCGGCAGACCGCCCGCUGUGCGUGUAGAAAGGGGCAGAUCGCCGGCACCACGAGAGCCCGGCCCGCCUGUGUGGACGCAAGAAUUAUCAAGACCAAGCAGUGGUGUGACAUGCUUCCGUGUCUGGAGGGGGAAGGCUGCGACUUGCUAAUCAACCGGUCAGGCUGGACGUGCACGCAGCCCGGCGGGAGGAUAAAGACCACUACGAUGAGAAAAUGGAGGCACGGAGGUGCUAAGUAACGUCCUGAAGGCCACCCACGAACCGCAGAGCUGGGAUCCCACCCAGGAGCCGGGAGCUGGAGCCCCUGAUCUCCUCUAGCCACCUGACUGACCUCAGAACCCCAAACAUAGGACAGUCCAGUCACAUGCAUGACGCUCGGAGGCGGAUCACAGCGUGGGGAGAAGAAGGCAGGCAGAUCACAGCGUGGGGAGAAGGAGGUGGAUCACAGCUGGCGAGCGUGUCUCAUAACCUUGUGAUAGACGCACAGUCCACAGGAAGAUGGGCAAAGUCCGCAAAUAGAGAAUUCCCAAAAUACGAAAUUGAAGCAGCCAGAAAAAAUGGCAGAGAUAGUCACUGUCAAGAAGUGACUAACCAAAACACGCACACGGAGGCCUCUCGGGCGACCAAAACACGCACAUGGAGUCCGCUCAGGCGACCAAAUCACGCACACGGGGGCCGCUCGGGCGACCAAAACACGCACACGGAGGCCGCUCGGGCGACCAAAACACGCACGCACGCGAGGCCGCUCAGGUUCAUUCAUGGUUUGAUUUUUAUCUGACUUCCUUUUGGGCUGACUGAAAGGAUGCUAAUAGGAAUGAAGAUCCGCCGUCUGUCUGGAAAGCAGAAAGCAGUCAGGCGCUCUCUGUUGAGAGAAUCUGAAAUCUGUACUCAAGCUGCUUUGGAAGACAGUUUGGCAGUGGCUGAAAAUGAUGGAGUUACCAAGGGACCCAGCAGUCGUACUCCUAGAGUCCAUCCCCCCAGGAGAAAUGAGAGCACGUCCACACACAAACCUGUACACGCCUGUUCUUGGCAGCACCGUUCCCAGCAGCCAGAAAGCGGAAAGCGCCCAGGUGUCCGUCAGCAGACUCGCGGAAAUACACCUUCAAACACAGCCGUGACUGGAACACUAUUCAGCCUUACAAAGGAGUGGCGUUCCUGAUGAACCAACAACACGGAUGAACCUCGGAAACAUGACGCUGAGUGAGGGAAGCCAGUCACAAGUCUGCCCUGUCGGAGCCCAGUGACGUGAAACGCCCGGAACGGGCCAGGUCACGUCGGCUGAAAGCAGGCCUGUGGCUGCCAGGGCCCGGGAGGGAGACGGGGAGCAGCUGCUGACGGGAACGGCGUUUCUUCCGGGCAGAUGAAGGUGUCCUAAAGUUGGCUAUCGUGAUGGUUGCCCAGCUCUGGCAUAUGCUGAAAACCACUGAAUUGACACUUUAAGCGGCGAAUUGUAUUGUGUGUGAAUCAUAUCUCAGUAAAACUGCAGCACGCAGGUACCCAGGCAUAGCCUGGUGUUUGAGGCAGAAGGGCUCUGACCAGUCUCUCUACCCUGGACCCCUGGGGCUCUGCUCUGGCAGCACAGCAGCCACAGGUGGGGGCUGCCCUGGCAAGACCACCACGCCCGUCUCCUGACCUCUGUUGAUGUGAGGACCCUGCCCCGUGUCCAGCUCAGAGGCCAGACACCUGGCCACACAGGCCUGUCCCACCCCAAGUGGGCCAUUUGUCCUGAACUUGGACAGAGGGCGAAGACCGUGAGACAGGGAGCCUGAGAACAUGGCCGGGCUUUGACCUUGAGAUUCAGAAGCUACUUGGCCCUCACAGCUCGGAGGGCAGCGCCUGGCCUUAGGGACCCUGAGCUGCCCUAGUGGGAGGCGUUUCUGAAGCUGCCGCUGAGCCUGGCCUGCUGUCCCUGGUCCCCUCAAUGCCAUCCGCCCACGAACUCCCAACGGAAUGAGGCUGUGGAGCUGCAGUCGCGGAGACACUGUGGUCGCCCCUGACGCCAGCCAGGAUCUUCUCCUGGGGCUGGGAGAGGGCACCGCACACUGUGCUGGGUGAGCCUGGGCACGGGGGUGAGCUGGCUGCACUAUGGCUUGGGACGAAAGGGAAAGGUUGGAAGUGGCAGAGCAUGUCCUUCACAUGCCUGAGAGGCGGGCGAUUCCCGGGGCUGGUGUGGCCUCAGGGAUGGAGAUGCCAGCCCUGCUCCCUGGCGCUGGAUGUGACUGUGGCUCCAGGUGUGAGCACCGGCCCCCGGGCCUCCGCAGGGCAGAUGGGCAGCCUUGUGGCUAGGGAGGGCGGCUUCCACUUCCCCUCUCUGUGGCCAGCACAGGGGGCUGCAGCCUCUGAGGUUAGAGCUGAGGUUGAGCUGGACCCGGCGUGAGAUGCCGAGUGAUGAGUGAGGGCUGCGGUCACUGUGCAGCCCUGCUGUGCCUCCUGUGGUCACCUGCGUGGGGGCCUUCACUGGGGAAUGCUGUGGUGGGGGGGCUCCGGCCUCCCUCGGACAUGAGGGAGAUCCUGGGCCCUCUCAUUUAAAAUUCAGCAAGGCCGAGUCCAGCAACCAACCUUCGGAGUGGACGGAAUGGGUGACCCGCUGCAGUGCGCCUGGGAUGGGCGGGGCUGGUGCCUCCACCCUGGCUGCUGGGGCCAAGUGUGAAAUUUCCUUCUUGAGUCUGCAGAACUGGGAACACCACUUAGAGCCCAGCACGGGGACGGCCGUAUUGUCACUGCGGGGAAGGAAGGAGGUGCCCGUGAUGUCUACAUUAUUUUUUAAAUUGAGGUAUACCUCUCAGCAGUGAAACACAAACAUCUUAAAUGUACCACUGCAUGGAUUGUGACGUCAUCAAACCUGUGGGCGGCCCCCAGGUCAGACACGGAAUGUGCCCUGCAGCCCAGCGGGCGUCCCAGUUAGCACGGCUCCCGGGGUAGCCACUCCUGGGCCUCCGGGCACACAGCAAGGGAAGGUCAAAGGCCGCGCCUGUGCUCCUGAGCCUCAUCUCACUGCCUCUGGCCUCCCCUGGCUCCUGGCACAGAGCCCCCCAGCUCAGUCCCUCCAGGACCCUCUGCUCACACCAGUGGGGGGUGAUUGCACCACAGCCUCCCCCGUGAGACCGUCUGCACCAGUCAUCGGGUUAUUAAGUGAGAGAGGCCAUGAUGUGCACAGUCCUAAAUGGGUUAUUUUAAUUUAAGACGUAUAAAAGCCGACAUUGCCCAGGCAGGGUGUGUUAGUUUCCAGGAUGCAUAACCACGCGGCCGCUGGGUUGGCUGUCAGGAGCUCCAUGUUUUUCGCCACUGGUGGCUCUACCUUCAGUGCCGAGGGUUGAUCGGCCAUCGCAGGCAGCCUGACAUGGCACCUUGACCUUACCGCUGCUCAGAAUUCAGUGCCAAAAUGGGACUCUGCCUUGAUGACACAAAUUCAUUGUCACCAGCUCCUCCUUUUACCACUGGGUUAUAAACCAAGCCACCCUUCGUGUGAGUAUCACACCUGGAUCCUGGUAUUCAUGAUUCAGAACGAUGCUUUGCUCCCUUCUCCAAAAAGGAAAAAUCACGGCCUAUCUACAAAAGCAGCAGCUCCAUAGAAAUAGCAAACGGCAGCCCACCACUACCCCAGCACUGCUGAGAACCCUCCCCCGCACCAGGGCCCAGUUUCUGGAAGCUUCUAGGAACUUCUCAAAGACCCAAAGAUAGCAAUGAGGCAAAGAGAGGAAAAAUACCAUCAGAAAGACAGAAAUAUAAUUUUCCCAUAUUUAAAUUAAAGAUUUUUUUUUUCCCCCAGAGAAGUAAGCUAGACUAUUUAACCAACCGAGAAAUAUGUGUUCUUACAGCUUGGCAGCUUGCAGAAAAUGUUGAGACUGCAGCCUGCUUCUGUCAAAGCUAAGCAAAAGAGUACACGGUUUUCUUUCCAGGGCCCUGGCACUGCCCACCCUGCCUCCUUCCCCAGCUCUCCGCCUCAUGGCACAGAAGGGCUGCGUAGUGAAUGCCUGUGCACACUAAUCCCAGCCUUGGUUAGGGCGGUCUGCUGCCUUCAGCCCGAGGACACGUGCCUGCAGGUGCUGUGUCCUCUGGGGUGGGCAAGUGGCCAGCACUGUAAUUGCUGAGACAGGGUUAGACAUCUGUAGCAGCCCAGAUGUGUCCAGAGGUGAUAACUGAUCUUCAAGCUCACUAUUCAGGUCAGUAAUGACCAAUAAAGGAUGAAAUGUUGAGCAGAUCUGGGGAGGAGCAUGUGAUGGCUCCAUCUGCCUCUCUGUGUUUGCUGUGGGCUUGCUUUCAUUACCUGCAGACUGGGUCUCCUGGUGCCAUCCUUCCCUCUCAGAGCUGACAGUAGCUCCCGUGCAUUUGCCAUACACAGCUCCCUUUAUUCCCCGGCGCGAGGCACGAUGACUCCAUGAUCUAUGGCAGCAAUCUGGCCGUCAGCGCGCUGAGUCAGCAGAAGCUCUGGGGGCCCUGCCUCCUCGACUGUCCGGGACUGCAGGUCUGCUUUUUAGUGGGAGUCUGGUCAGUGCCCGGAUGUGCCGAUUCCUUAGAACCCACCAAGUGCCCGUCUUCCUGGACACUGCUGCCCACGCCCACCCCAGCUGGUUUGUUCUUAAUUAGCACAGGGAGGAGCUCCCGCUGCAGGCCCCUCUCCUCCAACCCUGGAGAGGAUGAAUGGAUGCUUUCCCUAACCGGACCAAACAGUGACUUCGCUAAGUAGGAGCCCCAAGGAGAAGCCCACCUCCCCCACCACUGCUGCGUGUGGCCUCCCUGGCUGGAAGGAUGGCAGGGCAGGAGGUAGCUGCAGGAGCGGGGGCCCUGGGGCAGAGGAGCUGGUCCCAGAGCCAGCCUUUCUGCAUUGGCUGCGUGGCUUUGGGGACUCACGGAGCCUUCAGACUCGGGCCCCUCCCUGUGUGUCUGCAGAUAAGACACAGCAAUAUCCUUCACUGUCUGGUUAUGAGGAAUAGUAACCGUUUCCCACUGCUUAGUGAGCACAAGGGGAUCUGCUUACUAAGGGGGCGGGGAUGGAGCUGUGCCCCUGGCCUCGGUUGGUGGAUCUGCCUGGUCCUGCCUCCUUCCUAACGUGGUGGCAUGUGGCAGCGCCAUGGCUUCAGAACCCUCUCAGUGAAGGUCCAGCGCCGUCACCGGCCCAUGCUCUCAGCCAGGGACAGACCCCAGAGACUGCGGGUGGGCUCAGCGUGUCCUGUGUCCACCCCUGGAUGGAGAUUCGCACACGAGAUCUCAGCCCUGGUGUUGGGGGCUGUUCACAGAGAAGAGGUGGCUGCGAUGUGGCCUUGUGGGGUCUGUAGAUGCCAUGCUGAGGACGUGUCCCCCAGCAGGCCUCACAACAGGCCAGCAGGACUGUUCUCAGUGGAGCUCAGUGACCUCCCGCCCUCACCCCUGAGGGUAGGAACUGGAGCCCCUCAGAAAGCAGCUCUUAUGGACUGAACUGCAUCCCCCAAAUCUAUACGUGUAAGUGCUGCCCCCCAGUCUUAACAUAUUUGGAGAUGGGGCCUUAAAGGAGAGAAGCUUAAGUGGGGUCCUUGGGGUCCAGGGCCCUGAUUCAAGAGGACCCUGUCUGUCUUAAAAAGAGGAGGUGAGGACACAAAAAGAGGAGGUGAGGACACAGACACACACAGGGCUGAGCCUGUGCGGACUCACAGAGAUGCCAUCUGCACACCGAGAAGGACCUCAGAAGCCAGCCCUGCCACACCUGUGGAACCCAAAGGUCCAGCCUCGUGGGCUGCAGACAGCGAAUGCCCUUUGUUCAAGCUGUCCAGUCUCGGGUACUCGGUUACGGCAGCCCUGGCAGUAACACAGCAGCCUUCUGGAUGAACACCUCUGGAAGCUGGUGAGGAAGGUCACUGUGGCUUUUCUUCUUUGUUCUGAGUUGUAAUCUGCAAUGGAGAAGGUGCCCUGCAUUCUCUCUUAUGCUGAACUAUUUGUUGUUGUUAAGAACCCCAUGGAUGGGGGUAAACACUGUUCCUAUCCCAUGUUACAGACGGGGAAACGGACUCCCAGAGGCUCCAGCUGGGAGGCUGUGGGAGGUCGAGGCACCCACCAGGCUCUGGAGGCGUCUGGCUGCACCGACUGUCCCGCCCCACCCCACAGGCCCCCUCAUCCUUCACCAGGCACAGGUGCACGGGGCCCCUGCCGGGUUUGGGAAAAGAACUUGACCCCCACACGGAUGGCCCUGGUGUGGAGAAACCUGUUUCACGGCGGAGGACACGGACAGCAGAGUCAAGCACAGUUUUAAUCGGAGCCCAGCUUAACACAGGGACGUGGAGGGGACAGGGAAGGCCCCAGCCAGAGCAGGAGGAGCAGGAGACGGGUGGAGUGAGUGGUGGAGCUGGUGGCGCAGUGGAGCGGGCGUCGUCGUGGACCGGGUGGCGCGGCGGACCAGGCGACGCGGUGGACCGGGUGGCGUGAUGGACCGGGUCACGUGGUGGACCGGGUGGCGUGGCGGACCAGGCGACGCGGUGGACCGGGCGGCGUGAU